UCAAUGUCAUUUUGACGGCUGACUUGCAAGGUGUUUUCUUUCUGGAUUUUUCUUCGAUUUUCUAGAUAAACCUGACUGAGUGCAUCUGAUUCACGCGCAUUACAGAAACAGUUUAUGGAUAUCUAUUUAAAGCCAGCCAUUAUCUAUCUCAGUGUUCGUCGAGCGUCUUCAGCUAGUUGUAAACAUAACCUCCGAAGUUCAACAUGAGUUCCAAUCAACAAAAUAAUCCUCCAAUCGCUGGAGCUAUAACUUAUCCUUCAAGAAGUGAACAGGAUGUUCAACCAGUUCCAAUUCAGCCACGGCAGCCCAGAAAUCUACAGGGUCUUCUCAGAUUCGCCAUGGAGGCCACAAAAGCGGAGGACGCUCCAGGAAAUUCAGAUUUGGGACCAAUGGAUGAAGAGAGACGAAAGUUCCUUGAAGAGGCUCUAAAGAGUCUAACGGUGAACUUAGCCGAGGUCCUACAGAACGCCAUCAGGGUGCUCACCAACCAGGAAAGGAUAAGAAGCAUUAAACAAAACGACACAGUGCCAGAAGAUGUGGUCUCUUCGUUUAACAACCUCUUGAUGUUUAUUGACGAUAUCGAUGUUGCUAAUGAUUUCUACAAAAUGGGCGGGUUCGCGAUUUUCCCAGUGUGCUUAGGCUGCGAGAACGACGAAGUUCGCGUGAACGCUUGCUGGGUCCUUGGGGAACUGUGCCAGAAUAACCCGUACUGCCAGGCGCGAGCGCUUGAGUGCGGGCUACUGGACGUGCUGCUGAGCUUGGCGCAGACCGAGCAGGGCACUGCGUUGGCCAAGUGCCUGUACGCUAUAUCAUGUUUGUGCCGCGAGUUUGAGCCGGCCUGCCGAGCGUUGGUGGCGGCAGGAGGCUGCGCCACGCUAACCCAACAGCUGUCGGCCAGCGACCUGCAGGCUCGCACCAAGGCCGCCUUCUUCAUCAGGCACCUGUGCCAGCACCGGCUUGACGCUAGAGAACAAUUCAUCGCACAGAAUCUCGUCCAAACCGUCACAGAGCAAAUCAGGUCCGGCCGCGACGAGGCCACAGAACAUCUCCUUAGCGUCCUCGAUGUCCUGACCAGCGACUUGGACCGGCGAGUCCUGGCCCAGUGCUCGGACCCUAGUCUCGGCCUCAGGAAGGUGCUGGAAGACACACUACUUCACGAAGAAGAAAAGAAAUCCUGUCAGGAACUUCUGACGAGGGUCUUCGACAGCAAACCUGUUCCUUUAAUGAAGGAGGAAGAGCCGGAGAGAUAAACUGUGGUGGAUAGUGACAGUGAAAUAUAAGAUUUUAAACUUUCGCGUUCCAUUUUAACUAAAAUAC